GGAAAAGAAGCCCUCCCCCGGAAAUCAUUUGUUUCAGGAGCCUGCUCCCGGAAGUGUUGGUGUUUGUAGCGGGCGUGAUGGCGUCAAGGUUACUCCGGGGAGCUGGAGCUUUGGCCUCCCAGGCCCUGAGGGCCCGGGGUCCAAAUGGAGUCUCCGUGGUGCGCUGUAUGGCGUCUGGAGGUGGUGUUCCUACUGAUGAAGAGCAGGCGACUGGGCUAGAGAGGGAGGUCAUGCUGGCUGCUCGCAAGGGACAGGACCCGUACAAUAUACUUGCCCCAAAGGCAACCUCAGGUACCAAGGAAGACCCUAAUUUAGUCCCCUCCAUCAGCAACAAGCGGAUAGUGGGCUGCAUCUGUGAAGAAGACAACAGUACUGUCAUCUGGUUCUGGCUGCACAAAGGCGAGGCCCAGCGAUGCCCCAGCUGUGGAACCCAUUACAAGCUGGUGCCGCACCAGCUGGCCCACUGAGCUGUUGCACUAAUGCACUCAGAAUAUGAUGCAGAAUUUCUUCUUUCCAGUAAAGACUAGCCAUGAUGUUGGCGUCUCCUCCCAUA